AUCCCGGAGUUUAUCUUCCAGCCAACGUACGUUCUCCUCCAACGAGGGUGACGAUUUCCAUGUAAGCCGUCGGCCGUGGAGCUGCUAAAGUCUGGGCUAAUGCAUACCCUCGCUCAGGCUCAACAUUUAUGCGGAACAAUUGAGAAGGAUGAGCAGGGCCGGUAUUCAUUUGUUCAAAAGCGCGAGUCAAAAGUGCAGGUUGUCAUCCAUAAUAUGGAUCCAAAUACCGGUAUUCCGACUCUGGAUGACAUCGAAAAGGGCCAUUUUGGAGGCGAGACCUUGAAAGAUAUCACUCUUUGGAGCAUUCCAACGAUGACAUGGGGCGAGGGACCUGAGGCAAACCCAGACAGCAGCCCUGCCGUGUCCGCCUACCAGAUCAACCGGUGCACCGGUGGCUUGGUCUUGGUCGUUCAGGUUCAUCAUUACGCCUUGGAUGCAAUUGGAUUUAAAAACUACAUCAUGCAGCUGGCGGCCAAUUGUGCAGCCCUGGCCAAUUCGACGCCCUUCCCGCCUUUCGACCCGGCAAACCUGGACGCAUCGCGCUUGACCAUUGAAGUUCCGGCUGAUGAGCUGAUUGAUGGCCCGCCUGUACCCCAAAGGAACCAGAAUCACCGGAAGCAGCAGGCGGUGCUGCUCCACCUGCCCAGAAGCAAAGCGGCCGAGCUAAAAAGGCUCGCCACGCCCCGGGGCGGCGAUUGGGUGUCGACGUAUGAUGCGUCGUGUGCCUAUCUCUGGCGUGUCCUCAGUAGAGUGAGGGCUGCCUUGUACAACCCCUCGCGAGAUAUGGUUUUGUGGUGGGGCGAGGCCAUCAACCUACGACCGCGGCUUUGCCGCCCACCCUUGCCCCAGGGAUUGAUGCGCAACGCGUUGGGCUGCGCUACUUCAGAUACGAGCCCUGUCCCUCCAUUGACGGUCGCCGAAGUGGUGGACGAGGCGCCGCUGAGCAAGCUAACGUCCUAUAUCCGCGCGCUGACAAACAGCUGCGACAACGAACAUAUCGACAAACUGCUGAAUAGGGUGGCGCCUGUCAGGGAUAAGAGUACCAUCAGCCUGCGACUAGACUCGUACCCGCCCAUGAGCAUGUUUGUAACUGAUCACAGGCCUGCCGACGUUAGUAGCUUUGACUUUGGGUUCGGGAAGCCGAUUACUUAUCGGCAUCUGUUCGGCGGCUUUUCGACGGAGGGCGCUGUCAUUAUGUACCCGCCUGUCAGGUCCACUGACCCCGACGAAGGGUGCGUUUUUUCGGUGACCAUGGAAAAAGAGCUUGUGGGUAAAAUGAUAGAAAUGCGCGAGUUUUGCGACUUUUUCGAAUAUCGCGGCAGUCUCCUCAAACAUAUGGGCCCCAGGCGGGUGACCAACGUCCCUACGGACGACGUCUUCCAACUCAAUGCAAUUGACCGAGUGGGCGCAAUCAGCAACAUGAUGGGCUGGACCAUGCUGAAGUUCGACCAAGUCCUCGACCCAGUCAAACUGCAAGAGACACUCGUCAGCCUUAUAAAGACGGGGGAUUGGAGGAAGCUUGGCGGACGGCUUCGCAGGAAUGAAAAGGGUCAUUUGGUAAUUCGCGUACCGAAGGAGUUCACCGAACAACGACCGGCCGUUGGAUUUUCUCAUGCAGUUCAUUACUGUCGCGUUCAAGAUCACGAGCUGGGUCGUCAACUGCCUACAUAUGAGCCGGAAGAGAUCAACCUGGCGCCAUCGCCCACUAAAUUUCAUGAGUUCGCACAGCCGAGUGGAGUACCCAAAUGUUUGGACGACUACCUGCGCUCGGACCUGCCCCAGCUUUGGCUUCACAUUGUGUCUUUCGAAGACGCCACGCUGACAUGCUUGACCUGGCCGCACGCAACUAUGGAUGGUGCCGGGCUCAGCGAGCUCUUGACGGCAUGGGCUUACACGCUUGCGGGCCUUUCGAAUCAAGUACCGCCCUGCCUGUCUUUGAGGCACGACCUCCUGAACGACCUCAUUUCAGAUGCUCCCGACAGGGUGCCGAUUAAAGAGGAAAUAUUUUUCGACUCGAAUAAAAUAGUACAGUUCGCACUCAUGCGUAUCAUGUGGCUGGUGAUGCUCAUUAUACGCGCGCUGUUCGCCGAAAAGCAGGAGUUGCGCAAUAUAUGGGUGCCGAAGCGCGUGAUAGACAAGAUUCGGCAGGGGUCAUUGUCAGCUUUGGAGGCGGCAGACGAGCAGGGCAACGCCGGGUCAGGCGGACCUGUAAAGAACGGCAAGAAACGCGCACAUGACGCAUUCAUCCCCGGCGAUCUCGUUCCCGACCGCGAAUCGGGGCGGCCGUUUAUUAGCGAGAGCGAUGCCAUGAUUGCAUUUUUCACCAGAGCGGCGGCAAGAGCUUUGCCUCCCAAGUCUCGCCGCACUGUCAAUAUAUCCAUCAUUCUCAACAUCCGCGACCGCCUUCCGUCCUUGACAGCUCGACUGCCUAAGCCCGGUGUGUUUAUUUCCAACCUCACCAUGUCUGUACAAACUCUGCUUCCCGCUCAAGCCGUGAUUCCCAAGGACCAAGGGGACCACACCGCGCGGACGAAGUUUUCGUCCCUAGGUCUGACGGCGGCAUCGGUCCGGUCGAGCCUCCACGCCGGCUUGACGGAGCCUCAGCUUCGCGCUCUUGCCAAGGUGCAGCUGAAAGCAUACGCCUCCCGCCUCGUUGGGCUCCCCAUCAUCGGAGGCAUCGACUGCUUCCAGGUCACCUUUAGCAGUCUCAAAGUAGGACAAUUGUUCGAAAUGAACAUCUUCGCGCCCGCGGUUGUUGAAAAAGUUGAAAGGAAUGAAUCAGUCGACAAAGGCAAUGUUGUGGAGGCGGUGCCCAGGGUAACAUCUCCAGCUACAAGCAAGACGAGCGGGAGCGUUAACCAAAAAACCACAGCCAUGGCGCCUGUUGCUGCGGGUCAGGAGAAAAGGGCUAAUGCAUCUAUGGAGCCGCGCAAAGGUUGCACUCCGGUUGGAAUUUUGGUCAUUCCCAAGCACUCCUCUUUCAUGCUUGCCAAAAUGCAGCUAUUUAUUUUCGCGAGGGGGGAAAAUGGCGCCUGGGUUCAGGGUACACUGAAUCCUGAGCAUUGGAAGAUUGUAGAAAGGGAGCUGCGGGAAAUAGAUAGGCGGGGGUGA